ACAGUUGCUGUUGUAGCCUUUGUAUAGGAAAGAAGCAAGAAAGUUUGAAGGAUAAACCUUCGUCUCUCACCGUUAAACCUCUCUCUCUCAGGCGCACAUAGACAGAGUGGAGAGAUAGAAUAUGUCGUCAUUGGACAUAUGUACCUUAAUUCCUUUCUCUAAGAAUUGCUUUCUACUCUCUCCUUUCCCAAAUUCUUUUCCUUCUCCAACUGCCUUCUCUCUCUCCCCCAAACGCCGCCCCCAACUUCACCUUCGGAGCCCACUUCUUCCUCCCUUAUCCGCCGCCAAUAUCUCCACAAACACACAAAAGGAGGAUUUGUUGUUGGGAGAGAUACAUGAGGAUAAUGAGCACGAGGCGGUGCUUGAUGAGGAAGAGUUGUUGGAAGAAGAAUGGUCAUCCGACGAGGAGCCGGAGAGAUUUGACGUCCAAGAAUUUGAGCGUGAGGCCAAGCAAGUCGUGAAGGACUUCUCUGUUUCCUUGUCACGCGAAUUGAAAAUCGAAGAUGAUGUUUCCAAUCAAAAGGAAACUCGGGGAAAGCAGAAGAGACGGACAAAUACUGGUAGCAAUAUUCCUGAUCAUCUUCUUCCAAGGGUGGCAAUAGUGGGAAGGCCCAAUGUUGGUAAAUCAGCACUGUUUAAUCGUCUUGUCGGGGGGAACAAAGCCAUUGUGGUUGAUGAACCUGGUGUUACAAGGGAUCGUUUGUAUGGUAGAGCAUAUUGGGGUGACUAUGAAUUUAUGGUUGUGGAUACUGGAGGUGUACUUACAAUUUCAAAGUCCCAGGAUGAUGUUAUGGAAGAACUAGCUAUAUCCACAACCAUUGGCAUGGAGGGAAUUCCUCUUGCCUCCAGGGAGGCUGCUGUUGCGAGGAUGCCUUCAAUGGUAGAGAGACAAGCUACUGUUGCCGUGGAAGAGUCAUCCGUCAUCAUAUUCCUAGUUGAUGGUCAAGCAGGUCUAACUGCUGCGGACAUUGAAAUAGGGGAUUGGCUGCGGAAGAACUAUUCACACAAAAGUAUUUCUCUUGCUGUCAACAAAUGUGAAUCUCCUCGUAAGGGACUCAUGCAAGCAUCAGAGUUCUGGGCUUUGGGGUAUUCACCCCUUCCCAUAUCUGCUAUAUCUGGGAGUGGAACUGGGGAGCUUCUUGAUUCUGUCUGCUCUCAAUUGAAGAAGCUUGAGGAGACAGAGAAUCAUGUAGAAGAAUAUGUUCCGGCUAUUGCAAUAGUUGGUCGACCAAAUGUCGGUAAAAGUAGUAUUUUGAAUGCUUUGGUUGGGGAGGACAGGACCAUUGUCAGUCCCAUCAGUGGAACUACUCGUGAUGCCAUAGAUACUGAAUUUACUGGUUCAGACGGCCAGAAAUUCCGUCUUAUAGAUACGGCAGGUAUCAGAAAGAGAGCAGCUGUAGCUUCAUCAGGUAGCACCACCGAAGCUCUGUCUGUGAAUCGAGCAUUUCGUGCCGUUCGUCGUUCUGAUGUUGUUGCCCUUGUCAUUGAAGCUAUGGCCUGCAUAACAGAACAGGAUUUCAAGAUUGCUGAACGGAUAGAAAAAGAAGGGAAGGGUUGCCUAAUUGUUGUGAAUAAAUGGGACACAAUACCCAAUAAGAAUCAGCAAACUGCUAUGCAUUAUGAGGAAGAUGUCAGGGGGAAGCUCCGCAUUCUUAACUGGGCACCCAUUGUGUACUCAACAGCAAUACAAGGGCAGAGUGUUGAAAAGAUCAUUGUGGCUGCUAGUAUGGUUGAAAAAGAGAGAUCAAGGAGGUUAUCAACAGCAAUCUUAAAUCAAGUGGUACGAGAAGCUGUUGCAUUCAAGGCACCGCCAAGAACUAGAGGCGGAAAAAGGGGUCGUGUUUAUUAUUGCACUCAGGCAGCUAUCAGGCCACCUACCUUUGUGUUCUUUGUAAAUGAUUCAAAGCUUUUCCCAGAAACAUACCGAAGAUAUAUGGAGAAGCAACUGAGAUCAAGUGCAGGAUUUGCAGGAACACCAAUUCGGCUUCUAUGGCGUAGCAGAAGAAAAGUGGAAAAAGAUGAAGGAAAGGAUGCUUCCACGAGGACACAAGUGAACUUAUCACAAUUUGACCAAAAGUCAGCAGUAGCAGCAUAAGCAAUACAUUGUUGAUUCAAAUGGCAAUCUCUUAGUCAGAGGCUCUCUUCCAUGUGGGGGGUAAUAUAAUGGAGCCGAAGAAAUGAAUUCUGAUGGUUGUCAUUUGUAAUUGAUUCUGGAGCACAGCACUUAUACAGAAUCCUCCUGAAGAUUACAAGACAGAAGCGGCUCAUAAAAACGGUGGGUGCUCUUGUACCUAGACUAAUAUGGGAUAUAUAGAGUGGAUGGGAACAUAUAACUGAGAAUCUUAUGUUUGUUAUCUUGUUUGUUCUUGACCUGUCUCACUUUUUUAAAAUCAUUAUCUGAAUGUUGGGUGAUAUGUACUUUAGUGGUUAGAGAUCA